AUGCUCGGCAGAACAAUAGCAAGGUCCCUUUGGACAUCGUCAAGCCGACAGCAGCCAGCAGCGACAACAUGUCUCCUGUGUCAGUGGAGGAGCUUCAGCACGACGUACCCUCCUUCUACAGAGAGACCAGCAGCAGCAGCUCUUGGGCCGGGUCCCGGUCCGCUGUCCCACGCGCCGCGGUCCUACGGGAGGCGUGUCGAAAACUUCACUCCGACCGUCCUGCCCCGGCCGAUAGGCAUGAUACGGCCACCGAAACCCGGCGAGAACACUGGUCUGGAUACACGGUCCAUCAAGGAGCGGCGGGAUGACUUUGUCAACUGGGAGAAGCACCUCAAGAGGCGCGAGGAGCUGAAAUCCCAGAUGGCUCGUCCCUACUUCCGCGACUGGUCGAACCUCGGUCUCCACAAGGGCAAGACCUUCAUUGCGCCACCGCGGCUCUUCAAGCACGACCGCUCCCUCUAUUUCCCCAACCUUUUUGGCCACACCCUCCUCAAGAGCACCUCUCUCCCGCGCAACACCACCCCGGUCCUCCAGGGCAAGGCCUCCGUCAUCGCCGUCUUCAGCACUGGCUGGGCCGAGAGGCAGACCCUCUCGUUCACGUCGGAGACGAGCAACCCGGAACUGCACAAGAUCUUGAAGGAGUACAAGGGCCGUGCCCAGCUGGUGCGGGUCAACAUCGAGGACCAGUCGCGGCUGCGGUACUGGAUCUUGAGGGCCAUGGCGCCGUUUGUGCGGCGGAAUUUUAGGGAGGAAAAUUGGGACAAGUACUUCAUGGUGAGGAACGGCAUCUCGGAUGACAUCAGAGAGUCGAUUGGGUAUCUAAAUAGCAAGGUCGGGUAUGUGUACCUGGUCGAUGGGGACUGCAAGCUGCGCUGGGCUGGAAGCGGACCUGCCCAGCCGGACGAGGUGCAGAGCUUGACAAAGGGCCUGGCGAAGCUCCUGGAUGAGAUGAAGAAGGGCGUCUGGUCUGGAGCGAACCUCAGGUGA